AUGCUGUAUGCACUGAGUUUUCGCCAGUGGGAUCAGCAGCACGCCUUCGAGGUGAUGUCUCGGGAUCCUCCAAGUCCCGGAGGUGAUCCUGCUUCAAGUACCAAGAGCUGGUCAUGGAGAAGCGUGCCCUCGCCGCCGCCGUUCGAGGAGCAUGAAUGGGUCACCUCCUACGCCGUGGACCCGGACGGAUGCACCAUCUUCAUGUCUGUGCUCCACAACCGCAAUCUGAAACGCCGUAUCUUCUCCUUCGACACCGGGCGCUCCGAGUGGAGGUUCCAUGGGGAACGGGCCUUGCCUUUCCAAGGCCAGGGCUACUACGACAGCACGCUGGACGCGUGGGUCGGCCUUCGCGAGGAUGGCUACGUCUGCGCCUGCCAGGUCGCCCCCCGCAGCGGCGCCAUGCGGCCGGAGUGGAAGAUCGUCAAGGAGAAGAUGUUCCACAAGGUACCGGAGAGGAAGCGGGCGGCCACGUAUGCCACUCUCACGUACAUGGGCAACGCCAGGUUUUGCCUUGUGGAGGGUGUGGUACGUGAGGAAGUGGAGUAUGAUAAAAGAGCUCUCGGUGAUUGCGAUGGCUGCAUGCUCCAUAUGACCAGGUUUGGCCUCAGGUACACUCAUAAGGGAGAGCUGCAGACCACCAUCGAUUGUACCACCAGCUCUUAUUCAUUGUCCAAGCAUAUCACACAUUUUUCUCCUGUGGCGUUCUGGAUGUAG